AACGUUUUGGGGAUGAUGGGCUACGACAAGAGUAAGCAGAACAAAGGCCGACUAUGUGGCAACAACAGUAAUUCAAUGGCUGUGUAAAACAUACGGGAGAUUCUACAGUUAUAUUUACAAUUACUGAAAUUAUUGUUAGAAUUCUUAGUGACAGACUGCGCCGCAUAAAAAUCAUAAAGGCAAACGCAGCCGUACCAAAAAUUGUUGAGGCUCUUUCGCCUCGUCCAUCCCGUACUUGGCACCUCCCUCGCCCAUAGAACCUCUAUAGACGCGCUAGAAAUAGCAAGAAAAAUUGUGCCAUGGCACCUGACAUUGCCUGCAGUCCACUAUAGAAUCGAAUAUGUAAUAGCAGCGUUGUUUGAAUGAGGAAGGCCGCCCAACGUGCGCCGUUCCGCAAGUUUCCGUGCUCCGUUGCUGCGGCGGCCCGUGGUUUUCGGCUACAGCAGGAAGCCAGUGACUGCCCCGCCUUGCCUCUGCUUUCCCCCUCUGUGCUUCUCUGUGAACUUGUUCUUUUCCUUUCCCAUAUCCAUCAUCACCAUUCCAGCUUCUUUCGUCCCCAACCACAGACGCUGCAUUUCCAAUCCCACUGUUUGAUAACACACACUCUUCUUAACUUUUCUUUACAACAACCAAAACUACCGCAAUCAUGGGUGCCCAAGACGUUUUGACUCGCAAGACUGGUGUCAUUGUCGGCGACGACGUUCUCGCUCUCUUCAAGUACGCCCGCGAGCACAAGUUUGCCAUUCCCGCCGUUGUACGUAUUCUUUUUGGUCUCUGCAUCUGAUGUUGUAGCUAACAUACCUGUACAGAACGUCACCUCUUCCUCCACCGUCGUCGCCACCCUCGAGGCUGCCCGCGAUGCCAAGUCCCCCAUCAUCCUCCAGAUGUCCCAGGGUGGUGCUGCCUACUUUGCCGGCAAGGGUGUCGCCAACGGUGACCAGGCCGCUUCCAUUGCCGGUGCCGUUGCCGGUGCUCACUACAUCCGCUCCGUCGCUGCUUCGUACGGCGUCCCCGUCGUCCUCCACACCGACCACUGCGCCAAGAAGCUCCUCCCUUGGCUCGACGGCAUGCUCGACGCCGAUGAGGCUCACUUCAAGGCCACUGGCGAGCCCCUCUUCUCUUCUCACAUGAUUGAUCUUUCCGAGGAGACUGUUGAGUGGAACGUCGAGACCACCGCCAAGUACCUCAAGCGCGCUGCCCCCAUGAAGCAGUGGCUCGAGAUGGAGAUUGGUAUCACCGGUGGUGAGGAGGACGGUGUCAACAACGAGGAUGUUGACAACGCCUCUCUCUACACCCAGCCUGAGGAUAUCCUCAACAUCUACAACACCCUCUCUCCCAUCUCCCCCUACUUCUCCAUUGCCGCUGGCUUCGGCAACGUCCACGGUGUCUACAAGCCCGGCAACGUCAAGCUGCACCCCGAGCUCCUCGGCAAGCACCAGGAGCACGUCCACGCUGCCAUUGGCGGUGACGAGGCCAAGCCCGUCUACUUUGUCUUCCACGGUGGCUCUGGUUCCUCCAAGCAGGAGUACCUCGACGCCAUCAACCACGGUGUCGUCAAGGUCAACAUGGACACUGACAUGCAGUUUGCCUACAUGGCCGGUAUCCGCGACUACAUGCUCAACAAGAAGGACUACCUCAUGACUGCUGUCGGCAACCCCGAUGGCGAUGACAAGCCCAACAAGAAGUUCUUCGACCCCCGUGUCUGGGUCCGUGAGGGUGAGAAGACCAUGGCUGCCCGUGUCACUGUCGCUCUCCAGGACUUCAACUGCGCCAACCAGCUGUAAGCGUGGACUCUUAGCGCCGAGUACAAUAUAAAAAACACAACAAAUAUAUGAAUUAAUGGUUAAAAUAAGGGGAAGAUAUCAUCAUGCCUGCAAUGGGCGGCGAAUGGAGUGUUGUUGAAGAGGCAUCCAUAGCAAAAAAGUGUUAUUCAGUUUG